CUGUACUGCAGUGCAGAGAGAACCCCCGCCAGGGAAGUGCCUGUGAGUGACAGACAGACAGACAGGGUGGGAACUGGGAAGGAGAGGGACACAGAUCUUUUCAAAUCCUCCAAAUCCGCCCGCGUGGUUCGAAUCUCCGGCAUUCACUGCCCCACCAAACUCCAAAGGCGCCUCCUUUCUCGACUCCUAUUGGGUUCUUGAUGACCUUUUAGGACCAGUUUGAACCUUUUUCCCCCUUCCCGUGCUGCAGAUUGCUUGAUCCGAGUUGGCGGGCUCCUUUGUGGUGACCGGCGUGCCAUCAUCAUUCUAGGUUGGAGAUGGGGACUAUGGUUGGAGGGUGUGUUGGCCCAAGUGAACUUCACUUGAGAAAGGAACUUACUGCUUUGCAGAAGGCACGGUUCUUGCAGGAUCCUGAGACUUGCUCGACAUGGAGAUCGCCUUUGAGUUCUAGGUCACUGAUGGCAACUUCUGCCAUUAUACACAACAGUGGGAUUGCUGGUAAUUUAGCACAAAAGCACAUUGAAUCACCUUCUGCACCUUUGAAAAGUGAUAAGAAACAGAAAAAGGUCUACCUCUACAAUUGGAGGCAGAACUCUAACAAGUCCAGCGAAAAUGGACUGAAGUUAGAUGCAAAUGCUAUGCAAGUAUCUGGCGAGUUAAGCCUGGACAGUCCAUGUAAUUCUAAUGGGCUGAACUCCAAAGGUGAUGCAUGUCUGGACGCUCCAGCCAGCAUUUACAAUGUUCAGAGCUCAACAUCAUGUACUCCUGUCAAAAGAAUAGCUAGAAGGAGAAAGGGUUUUUUGUCAAAGAAAGGAGCAGUCAGAAACCCAUCUGUUUCAAAGUUGUUAGAUCUUCAAGUCAACUCUGGCAAAUCUGGUGAGCAAUCUGAGGAUACCGAGAACUGCAACUCAGAGAGUCAGGAGCUAUUUCAAGGAGGUUACUUUUCUCGCCCUACAUCUCCACUAUUUGCUACAUGUGGAUGUGUCAGCUCUUCAAAUCCCUCGAAACUAUUGAAAAUGGGUAGAAGAGAGGGAUCUUCCUUUUCUUGUACACCUGUUUCUACUAGCUCCUAUUACAGGCAUGGAAGAAGGAACACCAGAACUUUUGGUUCUUGGGAUGCAAGGACUGCUACUUCUUUCGACGGUGAUGAGUCUAACCAAUCAGCAUUGUUGAGAAGUCAGAGGUUUCAUGUCCCUUGCAAUUCAUCAAACAAGAGAAAACAUAGAGGAUCUGAAGGAAGUUAUUAUUCUCCUUCACUAUCUGCUAUACUUCGACGAAAAGGUAGCAGCCUAUUAUGUGGCAGUCAGACAUUGCAUAGGAAGAAGAGAUCACUUGGUUCAAUGAAAUGGGCACAUUCAAAAAAAUCUGCUCGGGGAAUGCCACUUCUGGGUAAUAGCUGUGAUUUUGGUUCUUCGUCAUUUGAUUCAUCAAGUGAUGAACUCUCAACCAACAUAGGGGAGCUUGAUAUGGAAGCUUCGAGCCGAUUGGAUGGUAAAAGGUGGUCAAGCUGUAAAAGCCAGGAUGGGAUCGAUCUAGCUGUUCGUGGUGCUGACGUGGCAACGUUGGACCAGAGAAGCUUGAGCCAAAAGUACAGGCCAAAGGCAUUUAGUGAAGUUGUUGGCCAAAAUAUUGUAGCACAAUCACUUAGUAAUGCUGUCACAAGGGAUAGGAUAGCUCCUGCCUAUCUUUUUCAAGGUCCUCGUGGAACAGGGAAAACAUCUGCUGCAAGGAUAUUUUCAGCAGCUCUGUGUUGCCUUUCCACUGGAGAUAACAAACCCUGUGGAAUAUGUAAGGAGUGCACAGACUUUUUCAGUGGAAACGGAACAAAUCUAAUUGAACUUGAUGCAAGUAACAGAAAGAGUAUAAGCAGAAUUAAGAACUUCCUGGAAAAUGCACCACCAUCUGCAACUUCGUCCCAGUAUAAGGUGUUUGUUGUUGAUGAAUGCCACAUGGUAUCUUCCAAAGUGUGGUCGGCAUUUAUGAAGUUUCUUGAUGAACCGUUAACUCGUGUCGUCUUUUUAUUUAUAACGAUAUACCCUGACAACCUGCCUCGAGCUGUAAUAUCACGUUGUCAGAAGUACGUAUUCUCCAAGAUCAAGGAUAUUGACAUUGUGUGCCGAUUGAGGAGAAUUUGUGUUAAGGAAAAUCUUGAUGUUGAAUUAGCAGCUUUAGAUUUGAUAGCUCUGAACUCAGAUGGCUCACUAAGAGAAGCAGAGACAAUGUUAGAUCAAUUGAGUUUGUUGGGGAAAAAGAUAACACCUUCACUUGUCAAUGAUCUGGUUGGUGUUGUCUCGGAAGAGAAAUUGCUCGAUCUCCUGGAGAUAGCUAUGUCAGCAGACACGGCUGAGACAAUCAAAAGGUCUAGAGAGCUGAUGGAUUCUGGCAUUGAUCCAAUGGCAUUAAUGUCUCAGUUAGCUGGGCUCAUCAUGGACAUCAUUGCUGGGACCUACAAAUUAGCCGAUUUUACUUGUUGUAAUCGCUCAGCAGUUGAUGGUCGAAGUUUAACGGAUGCAGAGUUAGAAAGAUUACAGCAAGCAUUGAAGAUUCUUUCUGAUGCUGAAAAGCAGAUAAGGCUUUCAAGUGAGCGUCCCACAUGGUUUACUGCAGCUCUACUAAAACUCGGAUGUGGUCAUAGUUCAGACAUGAACCAACCAACAGACAGUACUCGAGAACACCCUAAAGCAGCCAAUGAUGUUGUGUCUGAAGCAGCAAGAGAAUCGUCGUCCAGCAGGACUGUUUCUCAUUCUUUAUCUGCCUUUGGCAUUUCAAAUAAAACACUUGACCCCAAAACAAUUAGUGUUCAGUCUAGUCCUCAGGUCCUUGCGUCACAUUCAUCUAGGUCGAGACUGAAUGACAACUUGGUUUAUGGAGAAUGUAGGUCUGUUAAUAGAGUUCAACUCAAUUCUAAUCAACUGAAUGGCAACUGUUAUGAGCGAAGGACUCUGGUAAAUGGAAACUCGGAUAACCUUGCCCAGAUUUGGACAAGAUGCAUCGAAAACUGCCACUCCAAGACAUUACAGCAGCUACUUCUUGAUCACGGGAAACUAGUAUCAAUCACGCAAUUUGAAGGCUAUGCGAUUGCCUUUAUAGCAUUUGAGGACUGCGGGAUAAAGUCUCGGGCUCAAAGAUUUUUGAGCAGCAUAACAAAUUCAAUUGAGACAGUACUGAAAUGCAAUGUGGAAGUCAAAAUGGGUCCACUAGCUGAAUUGAUCAACGAAGAAAUAACAUUAGAGGCUGCCCCAAAAGUAAGAAGAGUCGACUCUGAUGUCUUGAGUUGCUCAUCAAACAUUGACCGACUAAAGGGGACUUUGAACUCCUCAAGGACAAGUUUCGAUCAUCCCGAUGAAGUAAAGAAAGAACUGGAGAAGUAUAAGAAUACUCCAGCUGCUGAUGAAAGGUUGCAGUCAGUUUCAAUUACUUUAAAUUCAGGAAUACCUAAAGCUAGAGGACCGGAAGUUCCCACCCAGAUGUCAAAAGUAUCAAUAAAUGACGAGCAAAGGUUAGAGAGUGCAUGGCUUCAGGCUGUUGAAAAGCAAACAUCAGGUGUGAUGAAUCAAGCAAGACAUGAUAGGCAUCAGCUUCUGUCUCAAGUUCUUGACAGCCAAUUCCAAAGGAAGUCCUCAAUGCCCCUAGUUAUGCCCUCAAGCCAUGCGGAUGAGGAUCUUGCUCAUGAGAUAGAAGCUCUGAAGAUAGUAGAGAGUUAUCCUCAGAAACACCAGAAUAGAAGAAGUGAAAAUGGGUAUGCCAUUUCACCCAGCAAGUUGCAUAGCAACGAUGACAUGGCUAAUUGCGACAAAGAGAGCGUUUGCUCCGAGCCUGGAAGACCUGGUUGUCAUGGCCUUUUCCCAUGUUGGAAAGCUAAAAAACAAAAGGGGGUAAAGGUGAAGAGGCAGAUACGGGUUAAAUCUUCUUAAUCUGGCAUAGCUGAUUUGCGCGCGGGUAUAGUGAGCCUGGAGUAGAAUGUUCAUUUCUUGCAAAAUGACACGUUUCAAGGAGUAUUAGAUUCGGGAAAUCGCCAUAUUCACCUCACCAUGCAUCGUCUACCGAUUCCAGCCUGAAACUCAUUCAACUCUGAUGGCCUCGUACUUUUGGCCUUUUCGAGACAGAAUUUUUGUGUCAUGACUUUCACAGCUUCAGUGCCGGAGGGCAAUUAGCUAUAUUUCCCAACAUUCAGCUGCAAGUGGAAUCUUGAAAUUGUAUUCGUAGUGUCUCUAGCAAACUCGCUCUAUGCUUCAUGUUUUCUUAGGAAGGAAAGGGAAAGUUCAUUUCGUACAGACAUUUGAAUUGUAACGUUUUUACUUCGAAGACAACAUGCAAUGAGGAACAUCUCAUGAAUGAAACUGAUCAAUAUAGACUAAAUUUACAAAAUUUGU